CGUGGUCGUUGGUCGCGUGUGAGUGUCCGCCGACCGACGUGUUCGAUAUUGUUGCCGUCAUUAUUCACAACACAUACGUGACGGACGUGUAAGUACGUGUAUGCUCGUGAGUGCGCGUGGGUCCAGUCCUGUCUUCGUCCGCUGAGAGCAAAACGUUUUUUUUUUUUUCAAACACUUCUGCGGAGUUCACACCACCAUCUGCGAUGGUCCCAGAAGGGGCCGAUCUUUGAAAAAGACUCAACACUACAUGAUGUGACAGAGRAAAGAAGAUUAUUGAAAAAGAACUGUAAAAAAUAUUAUUUCAAAGAUGAAAUCAUGUUUUCCACUUCUGGUCAUCAUGCUCACGACAGUGGCGGCGACACCUUGCAUAUUCAACAGCAUGUGUACAUGCAAAACAGACGAAGCAUUAAGAAUGCACAUCGCAUGUGUUGCUGUUCCUUUAUAUACAAUCCCAGAAGUAGCAACUGGUACUCGGAUAAGUCACAUGGAUAUCAUGUCAUCUGAGAUCGAGGUUGUCGACAAUGAUAUAUUACAAGGAACACAUAUUGAAUCAUUAAGGUUGAUGAGCAAUAGAAUCGGAAUCAUUUCUGAAAGGGCCUUCGCGUCGUCCGGGUCAGUUCUAAGAGCCCUUGAUCUCAGCUACAACCAAUUGGAUAAAGUGCCACUUAAAUCAUUUUUCAAUAUAAAAAAUUUGGAUUGGCUUAAUUUACAUGGUAAUAACAUAGAAGUUGUGGAAACGCAUUGGAAUCAUUUGCAAGAUACUCUACAACAUUUAUUUAUUGGCGAAAAUGAUUUAAUAUUAUUUCCCGAACAUUUUUCAAAACUACGAACUUUAUCAACACUAAAUCUAGAUAAUAAUUUGAUUACGUCAAUUCCAUCUAAUAUUAGAACUCCUCCGACGCUAGAAACAUUGAGCAUAUCAAAUAAUUUUCUACAAGAGUUUCCAUUGUCACUAUUGGAAACUGGUACUGCAUUAAAUAGAUUAUACAUCCGCGACAAUUAUAUAGAAAAUAUGACAAAAAUAAUUCCAAAUAGAUUUGUUAAACUAGAUGUUUUAGAUUUUGGCAUGAAUCGAUUAGACAGUUGGUCAGGUCGAAUGUUUGGCGGUCGUUCAGAAGUAAGAAAUUUACACUUAGAUAUGAAUCGAUUAGAGUCCCUGGAUGCUAAUGCAUUUGAUGGAUUGCGAUCAGUUCGGAUGUAUCUAUCAUAUAACAAGUUAAAAAAUUUGAACCACAAAACAUUUGAAGGUCUUGAAAGAAUACUAGAGUAUUUGGACUUGGAACAUAAUAAUUUAGGAAUAAUACCAACRGCAAUAAGAACAUUAAAAAAUUUAAAAUUUUUGUAUUUAUCRUCAAACGAUCUCAAUAAAUUAGAUUCAGGGGAUUUCACAGGCGUGUCAUCGAGCUUGAGGUCACUUUCAUUAUCUGGGAAUCUCCUUACGGAAAUUCCAAGCAAUGCAUUGAUGAACUGCACUAAACUAUCUCAUUUAAAUUUAGGAUAUAAUUUUAUCAGAGAAAUAAAAGAAAAUGACUUUGGAGAAUGGGCCAUGCACCUUGAUACAUUACUACUGAUGAACAAUAAAUUAAAAGAACUCAUUGGAAGACCUUUCAAAAACACGAAUGCUCUUCGGGAAUUAAGUUUAUCUUUUAAUAAUAUUCAUUACGUAGAUGCUGACGUAUUUUUGGAUUUAGCUACAUCGCUAGAAAGUUUAGAAAUUAGUUUCGGCGUUUACUAUGACAACUUUCCAGUUAAAAUACUUAGACACCUCAAGUCUUUGUUGUGGUUAGUACUUGAUAAUAACGAUAUUUCAUCGGUGCCAUUUGAUUCAUUGUAUUCGCUAGAUAGUCUUCAGUAUUUGAACUUAGAGUCUAAUAGGAUAUCUGUAUUGGCUCCCGGGACAUUUGGUGCACCGAACCAAACUGAUCUUCGUGAARUAAGACUGAAUCAAAAUUAUUUAAUGUCUUUAGAACCAAAGACGUUUUCCAAUCUGCAACAACUACAAACGAUAACUAUAUCUAGGAACAAAAUUAUUGAAGUGAUGUCGCACUCCUUUAAAGAACUUCCAAGACUACUCAAUAUUGACUUAUCGUUUAAUCAAAUUGAAUACAUCCAGCCAUCAGCAUUUCACGGCUUACCAAAUUUUAAACGUCUUGAUUUGCAAGGAAAUCAAUUGAAGGAAUUGCGAAUGACGUCAUUUGUAAAUUGCACUAAUUCAAAAACGCCAUUGUCCUUAAACGUAUCCAACAAUCGUAUUGAAAGAAUGCCGAUUGACGAUUCAUUGACGCCAAUUCACAUAAAAAUAUUAGACUUAAGUCAUAAUAGUUUACAAGAUUUACCAUUUAAAUUGUUAGAUUUCAUAUCUAGCUCACUUAGAAAUUUAUACUUGGAUCAUAAUCGAAUAACCAAGAUAUAUAACUCCGAAUUCAUAAACUUAACGAACUUAGAAGUUCUAUCAAUCACCGAAAAUGGUAUGACAUCAAUAGCAUCAAAAGCAUUUAGUAAUUUAACUUCUUUGCAAAUACUAUAUUUAUCUGGUAAUAAGAUACAACAAUUAUCGUCCCAACAGUUUGCAACAUUACCAAAACUUAGAGUAUUAUCUUUAGCCCGGAAUCGACUAAGCACAUUAAGUUGGGAUGUAUUAUCAGGAACGCCAUUAGAGUAUAUUGAUCUAUCCAAUAAUGAAUUACUCGCGGUACCAGCUGGUGUGCUAUUGAACACGGGCUCAACUCUAAGACAUCUUUUAUUGGCUGGUAAUCGGAUAGAUCAUGUUGAUGGGACAACGUUUUUUGAUGUGCCMAGAUUAGCCAAUUUAAGUUUGGCGAAUAAUAAGUUGACAAUAAUUCCAGACAACACAUUUGUUGGACUCACGAAUCUUAUUUCAUUAGAUUUGUCUUCAAAUAGCCUAAGAGCGAAUUUCAAAGAACUUUUCCACUAUGUACAAAAUGUUAGGCAUUUAAAUCUGGAAGAUACAGGGCUAAUCGAAACGCCACCAUUACCACUUCCUAGUUUAAUUUCACUUCGACUGUCAAAAAAUAAAUUAGAAAAAAUAUCCAGAUCUUCAAUGGAAAUGUUGUCCCGGCUCAAAACAUUGUUCUUAAAUGACAAUAAAUUAAGUUCUUCUCCGUCACACGCUUGGUCGUUACUACCAUCAUUAAAAACAUUGGAUCUAUCUUCAAAUCCUAUAAAAACAAUAACUAAAGCAAGUUUUUCAGGMUUGUCCCGUUUGCAGCAUUUACGAGUUCAAAAACUCGAUUAUUUAGACCGUUUUGAUGCGGGAUCAUUAUCCAAGUUGUCCACACUCCGGUCAUUAGCUACUGAUUGGCGACCUAACCUUGGACAAAUCGUAUGCGCUGCUGUUAAGUCAAUCCGUAGACUUUCGGUUCACGUGAAAGGAUCUAAAUUAAUAGGACCGAUAGUCGACACCUGCGGUCCCAAAUUAGAAUCCGUGGCCAUAACGGGAUCGAAGUUGCAGUUCGUUGAUCGGCAGGUAUUCUCAGGUCUAGAGCGUGGGGUCGGUGAACGACUAGCAAUUAGYAUACGAGACACUGCAAUUGAAGAUUUGCCUUCUGAUCUAUUGCUGCCAUUGGUUGGCGUACCGAAACUCGCACUGGAUUUAACUGGUAACAAGCUUACAUCACUCAAUCCAUUGACAAUAUAUUCCAAUUACACGACAUGGGAAAACUCCGGGACAAAUAUAUUAAAAGGUGGACUGUACCUGGACGACAAUCCUCUGCAGUGCGACUGCGGUCUACUUUGGCUGGGCCAGUGGCUACGUCGAUGGCUCCGGGAGGCGGUGCAGGUGCACACACUGGGCAUGGCYGAAACGCAGCUGGCACAGUGGACGGCCCGACGGGCCACGUGCGCGGACCCUAGGAAUGGAGGGGCUCGGGUGCCAGUGGCCGACAUCUAUCCGGAAGACCUGCGGUGCAAGGCGAGCGCGCUGAGUGGCAGCGGAACCGGAAAUACGGCGACUAAGACGUCGCAUCUUAUUGUCUGCUUGGCCCGUUCACUAGCAGUAUUCUAUCUGGUAACUGUCUGGUGUAACGUCUACUGAACGAACGAGAGAUGUCGUCAACUGUUUCAAAACGCGUACUUAUGUAAACUGUAUAAUAUUAUUAUGUCAUUGUGUUAUCGUAUAAAAUCGUGUUUUUCAUUACCAUGUAUUGUUGUUAAGAGUCAGUGAUGUCCUCAGCGAGAUAGGGGGCCAAAGGAGAACUCACGUGGUCAUUUUCAUUUUUUUUUUCAUCGUUCUACUCAUAUAGGUACUUUUUUCGACCAGCAUAGUGUAUAGUGUAUAUUAUUAUAUUGAGUUCAAUUCUCCCCCACUCCUAUAAAUUGGCCUGAGGAUGCCACUGACCCURACUAUGCACUCCCUCGGGACUCGCUGCCAGUGAUACGUGACUCGGAUUGAUGACCACGCGUAUGUCCAUGUGAGAUGGUAUGGUUAUGUGUAUGAAAUAAUCGGGUAAAUGAUUUUUUAAUCCAUUUUUAAGCGAUAACUCAGUACACUCACUUCUUACCACACCAAUGAAAAAUUACGCCUGUAGUAAGUUGUAGGUUAGCACUGUCGUUGGAAAAAGAAUUAUUAUCAUUUUGUUAUAUUCUCAUCGUCGUCGGUCUGUGUACAGAACUGAUCGUUCGCCACGGAGGAAGGGUUUAUCACCCAACCCUACUUGUCUUAGUGCUACCUGCACGUACGGGGUAAUGGGGUUGUAUUUACAUACGAGCGUGACUCACUACGACCGGCUAAAAUGUGAGCUAUUUUCCAAAUCAUAACAUAUUUCCCCAUUUUUACCUCCGACCAUUAACAAACACACAUAAACACCAGAAGUCACGUCGUCAUAUUCCCGAUCGUAUAACACGCACUGUCCACCCUUGAAGAGGUUUGGUCUGGACCAAGACCCUUGCUGCUCUACCCUAACAACAGCAUUGGUGGAACCCCAUCCCAUCAUAUUAUCGCCACACUAUGGCUAAAUAAAAUUUUAAGGUUUUCGUUUUGUUUACCAUCUGAUCGCAAGAUACACGGUCUCGGAGAAUUUUUCAUAAUGCGUACAAAGUCAUCGCUGUGACCCCCAUUAUAAUGGCCUAGUAAAUUCGCGAAAUAACCAUCAUUCUGGUGWGUACAUAUUAUUUUUAUUCAGUCUUUACGCGGAAAACGCAUCUGACGUUUCAAAUAUAACAUGGUGCAUACUACAUACAGAUCCAAAGCGUAUGCAUUCUGAACAGAUAGUUAUUAUUCCAUUAUUUCACCACUAUCCAUAUUUUCAACAAURUUUUAGAUACUAUGAAAUUGACUAUCAUUGYUUAUUAUAGCCGAAAUAAUAUUACGAAAUUCGCAAURAUAMAAUAUUAUAUGAUACGCAGUUUUUUGAUUUUAUAUACCAAGUA